AUGUAGGUCUCCGGACAUAUUCUAAGAGGAAACAGUGAUUGUGUUUGGCCACUGAUGUCAGACUGCAGUGCAUGGGGUCCAAAAGGGUAUGUCUGAACAGGACAUUGCCACGUUGUGGUGUUUUAUUCUCAAAAAAUUAUGGGCAGUACAGACAUUUGUCUACGAGCACAAACUUGAGGCAACUUGCAAUGAGUUGAAGCUUUUGUCAACAGAAGUGUGAAAGACUAGAGAGCCUGGCUGGGUUUCCCCCAAUAAAAGUCACUUCUGUAAGAAGUGGAUGGCUUGCCAAUUGUUCUAUCGAGUUAGCGGUCAAUCAUUUUGCCACACGGCAAGCAAUUGUUGGUAGCGGCAGCUUGAGGAAUUGAAGAAGUACACUGUCUGUGCUUUUAGAAAGAUUGGGUGAAAGGGCUUCAAGACUGAUUUUGAGGGGCCCAGGAACUGGUAGGACUGCUGUGUAAUCCUUCAAAACAGGUGUUGAUUUCAUGAGAAUUACAAGUUACAAGGAGAUUUUAAAGGAUUGUAUGAAGAACAUGGAAUAGGUGGUUGUUAAUUCUUUAGUGAAGAAUGUCGAAUCGUCAUAUUUCGCCAGCAUGUGAUAGGCGGCAGUUUCCAUGGGCCAUGAAUAACAUGGGCUCACCCACCAAUGAAUCUUGGCCAGUGCGACUGCCAUUCCUUGAGGCUGAUCUGCGGUUGCAAUCGAUGUGCGGGGGCUCGAUGCCACCGCCUGUUCGGCGCAGCCUCCCUCGGCCCAGGCAGCUGCCGCCUCCUGCUCGGCUACCUUUGCCGGCGCAGCCACUGAUCGAUGCAGUCGGCCCUCCACCAGCAGCCAUUUUAAGCGGAGAAAGACCAAGGCUGAAAGACGGGCUAACUGUUGGAAGACAAACUUUGCACACAAUGUAUAGACCAAAAGUAAGCCUGAAAGACAGGCAACAGCUUUACAAGCUCAUUAUUAGCCAAUUGUUGUAUGAUGGGUACAUCAACAUUGCUAACGGUUUGAUAAAUGAGGUAAAGCCACAGUCUGUGUGUGCACCGUCUGAGCAACUGUUGCAUCUUAUUAAACUGGGUAUGGAGAAUGACGACAGUGCAGUUCAAUAUGCCAUUGGGCGCUCUGACACAGUCGCUCCAGGCACAGGAAUUGACUUAGAAUUUGAUGCAGAUGUACAAACUAUGUCCCCAGAAGCUUCUGAAUACGAGACGUGUUACGUCACAUCUCACAAAGGACCGUGUCGUGUAGCCACAUAUAGCCGAGAUGGACAACUAAUAGCUACAGGAUCAGCUGAUGCUUCAAUAAAAAUACUUGAUACUGAAAGAAUGUUGGCAAAAAGUGCUAUGCCUAUUGAGGUCAUGAUGAAUGAAACUGCACAGCAAAACAUGGAAAACCACCCAGUUAUUAGAACUCUUUAUGAUCACGUGGAUGAGGUGACGUGUUUAGCUUUCCACCCUACUGAACAGAUCCUUGCUUCUGGAUCGAGGGAUUACACACUUAAAUUGUUCGAUUACUCAAAACCAUCUGCUAAAAGAGCCUUCAAAUAUAUCCAGGAAGCAGAAAUGCUGCGUUCUAUCUCUUUCCAUCCUUCUGGAGACUUCAUACUUGUUGGUACCCAGCAUCCUACCUUGCGACUAUAUGACGUUAAUACUUUCCAGUGUUUUGUAUCUUGCAACCCUCAAGAUCAGCACACUGAUGCCAUAUGCUCAGUUAAUUACAAUGCAAGUGCUAACAUGUAUGUCACGGGCAGCAAAGAUGGAUGCAUCAAACUAUGGGACGGUGUUUCAAAUCGCUGUAUCACUACUUUUGAGAAAGCGCAUGAUGGAGCUGAAGUUUGUUCUGCCAUUUUCUCCAAAAACUCCAAAUAUAUUCUAUCAAGUGGAAAAGACUCUGUAGCUAAACUAUGGGAGAUAUCCACAGGGAGAACGCUGGUCAAAUAUACAGGAAUCUGGACGUUAGAAAGAAAGGCAUCAACCUCUUUUUCUUGGGGAGCUGGUUUAAGUGGACGUCAGGUUCAUAGGACUCAGGCAGUCUUCAACCACACAGAAGACUAUGUGCUUCUUCCUGACGAAAGGACCAUCAGCCUCUGCUGCUGGGACUCGAGAACAGCUGAACGGAGGAAUCUUCUUUCCUUGGGGCAUAACAGUAUAGUUCGCUGUAUCGUCCACUCCCCUACCAAUCCUGGCUUCAUGACAUGCAGUGAUGACUACAGAGCUCGGUUUUGGUACCGAAGGUCAACCACGGACUAGAGCUAUAUUUAUGAAAUAGCAGCCUGGAUUUUAUUCCUUUUUUUCUAUUAAACUUGUUCUCUGUUUUGUUUUUUGUUUUUAAUAUGGCUGAAUUUAAACAGUUUGGACUAAUUUUUCUCAACAAACAAGAAAUGGAAAAAAAGCCUUAUUAGAAGGAUAGUUUCAAAGUUGAGUCCGUAUGUUGAAAACAGCUAAGCAGGUUUUUGUGGUCUACCUACGCUGGCUUUAAAAGCAAGGCUGCACUCAACAUUUGCUAGCCAGGCUGGGUCUUCUGUUUUUAAGAAGCCUUCGCCUCCUUUGCUUUGAUUUACCCAGUUAACUGCCAUUUUGUAUCUUUUUAUUCAUUUUUUCAUCCUUUGUCCCUUCUCGUCACCUAGCCAUGAAAUAGAUUUUUGUGCCAUUCUUCUGGGCUUUUUAAAAAUGGCUAUUUUUCAGAUAAUGUAGACAAAUUUAACUGAAAGUUCUCUUAUUAAAUCUUGAUUUUGAAA